AUGAAGCUUUCAACCAGAUUUACAGAACCAGCUCAAAUAGAUAGGCUCCGAAGAAUUUUACACAGUCAUUCGGCAAGUCUGGAUGUAGAGGUGCAACAGAGGGCCGUUGAGUACGGAAAUCUAUUUGGAUAUGAUACUAUUCGGAGAGGCGUUUUAGAAAAAAUGCCACCGCCGCAAAUCAAGGAAGAGUCUAGGGUCUUUGGUGAAGCUGCAAAAAAGUCGAACAAGUCAAAUCAUCGAAAAUCCAAGAGUUUUAAAUCUACCGAACAAGAUCUAUUGUUUGAUCUGAUGGGGGACGUAACCGCUCCAACUGCAAACUUAGGCACAACAACACAAAAUAAUUCAGACUUACUAGCUGAUAUUUUAAGUUCGACAGAUAAUCCAGCCUCAGCCCCUACUCUGCAGGCGUCAAAUGUUUCAUCCAUAAUGGACUUAUUCGGAGGGUCUGCUACCCCACAAAGCAGUAUGCCUCCGGCACCCACUUCGACGUCUAUAAAUAUUUAUCCUGGAAUAUCCCAGACAUCCAGCACUUUGCCAACGUAUCCUUGUUAUUAA